AUGUAUAGUGUUUGCUCGAAUUGUUUUGUUUGUCCUGGGACGGAUAAUGGUCGAACGGAACUGCAGGAUGAGAACCGGAUCAAUCAGUUAAUUAAACAGUAUCGGAAUUGUACUCGUGUUUACGGAAACUUAGAAAUAACUUAUAUACGAAAUGAACAUUUGAAUGGAACUGAUCCGGAACAAUUUUUCAGCUUUUUAGACCAUAUCGAACAGAUCACCGGUUACCUGUUAAUCUAUGCAAAUGAUUUCGAUCAAAUAACGCUGCGAAGUUUGCAAAUAGUUUGGGGUGAUGUACGGCAUGAUGACAUAGCAGCAAUAGAUAUAAGUCAUAAUGACAAUCUGAAAUAUGUCAAUUUGCCGAAGUUAAGAAGCGUUGAACGUGGUAACAUAGUACUGAUGCAUAAUCCAUAUUUAUGCAAUUGGAACACUACUGUAUCCUACUACGAAAUUGUUGGUAAUAGCAGUAAAUCCCGGGUUCAGUUUGCGGAUAAUUUCAAAAAAUGUGAUCGAGUUCAAAGCCAAUGUGCAGAAAAAUGUGGUAAAUAUUGCUGGGGACCAGAUGCAAAUAUGUGUCAGACAGUAUACCGUGAAAUCUGUCCAAAAGAUUGUCCAUCACAAAUGUGUUAUCAGAGUGAUAACAAAACACAUUGCUGUGAUGAAGAAUGCGCAGCGGGUUGCUUUGGUGAAGGAAAAAGUGCUUGCAUUGCUUGUGCUAAAUUAGAGCAGGAUUCGAAAUGUGUAGAUAAGUGUAAUGGAUUGACAGAUUAUGAUCGAAUACUGAAAAUGACCGUUAAUCAUUCUAAUCCACGGUACACCUAUGAUCGAUACUGCGUGGAACGAUGCCCAGAAGAGACGCUUAUCCAAGGAGAAUACUGUGUUAUACAUUGCACGGAAGGUUAUUGGCAUGAUGCGGUAAAAAAUACCCGAAUUUGUGAGAAAUGCCCCGAUGGAAUAUGUCCGAAAACUUGCUUUAUAAAUGAGCCAGUAGAUUCGAGUAAUAUUGAAAGUUUGAGAAAUUGUACAGUUAUCGAAGGAUUCAUUCAACUUUUACGGCAUCCAUUCGAACCUCAUCGAAAAUUCUUCACCGAUGGAAGACUGCCAAUGUAUAUACCAGCAUUAACAGUGAAAAUGUUGGAUGCAUUGAAAAAUGUGAAAAUUAUUACCGAGUAUGUCGAUAUUGAAGCAGCUGAAUACACUCCUGAAUCGUUAAAUUUCCUUGACAGUCUGACAACCAUUGAAGGACGCCAACUUAACAUAGAGCGAUUUGCAUUAACUAUUAUCAGCAAUCAAAAUCUGAAAGAGCUUGGACUACGAUCGUUGAAAAGUAUCAAAAAUGGACGUGUAUACAUUGGAAGAAAUGAGAAACUGUGUUAUCUAUCUUCGAUAAAUGAGUACUGGAAAGAAAUCAUGGAUACGGAUAAUAUUUCUAGUUGGAUAAUAUCAUAUAAAAAUGGUGAACAAUGCACGAAUGGUCAAUGUGAUGAGAAUUGUGAAAAGAAUUUUGGGUGUUGGGGUAACGGACCAAGAAUGUGUGUAAAAUGUAUCGAUUAUAAUGUUGACGGGAAGUGCUCCAACAUUUGUCCUACAGAAGGAUUUUAUAUGGUAAACAAAAAUUGCUCCAAAUGCCAUCCGCAAUGUAAGACAUGCAACGGAUCAACGGAACAAGAUUGCAUUACAUGCCGGAAUGUUCGGAUCCAGCAAGGUAAUAAAUGGGAAUGUCUGGCGGAAUGUCCAGCGAUACAUUAUUUCGAUGGGAAUGAAUGUUUGCCAUGUGAUACAGCAUGCUAUGAAUAUGGUUGUACCGGUCCGAAAACAAUAUUGGGCGUAGGUGGUUGCAACAAAUGCAGAAAUGCAAUGCGCACUGAGACUGACCAAGCAGCGGAAUGCUUAUAUGCACCAGGUAAACCAAGGGAUGUGUGCCGUGAUAAUAAUUUAACUCAUUACUAUGCUGCAGCAUCAUCCAAUGAAAUGCUCAUUGCUGAAUUUGAGUGUGAUAAAUGCAGUGAAGAGUGUUUAACCUGCCUUGGUUAUGGUAUAUCUGUGAACCGACAUAAGUGUAAAUGUGCUCAUUAUCUAACGAGAACCAAUUCAGGCAACGAUUAUUGCACAAUGAACUGUAAAAUUGAUUCAUUUAUGGUGCGCCCUAAAUCAGCCCAUAGUAUCGGUGAAUGUGAACGAUGUAAUGAACUGUGUGAUCUGUCAGUGGGUUGUAAGGGUCCAGGUUCUACAAACUGUACCCGAUGUGCCAAAGCUGGUAUUUUAAUCAGCGAUAAUUCAGCAGUUGGAAGAGUUAAUGCUGUUUUGUUAGAUCUCAUUGAUACAUAUAUUUUUCAGAUUUGCAUGGAACGAUGCCCGGCUGAUCGUCCGUAUCUUGCGAGUGAUAAAAUUUGUUAUAGUUCAGAUCCAGAAGCUUACGCUUCGAAAAAGAGAAUGUACAUAAUCAUAAUCAGCGUAUUGUGUGCAGCUGUUCUUAUUGCUAUUAUAGCGGGUAUCACAAUAAAUUGUAUAAAAUACAAGAAACGAUACCAACAGGAACUUGAAAUGAAUUUACCAAGCAUUCCGGAAUUCGAACUAACGGAUCCGUCCAUGAGGCCAAACAUGACGCGUCUUUGCAUUAUUACCAGUGAAAAUCUUGAAAAGACGCAGCAAUCCCUCGGACAAGGCGCAUUCGGAACUGUUUUCUUGGGCUAUUGGUGGCCAAAAGGUAAAGAGGACGGCGAAAAGUUGGCAGUAGCAAUUAAAGUAGUCCAUGAUGGAAGCGGUACAGCACAUCAGGAGAUGUUGCAAGAGGCGGGUAUCAUGGCAUGCAUGCGACAUGAACAUUUGCUUCGUCUGGUUGGUGUAUGUCUCAGUGAUGGCAUGCAAAUUGUGACCCCGAUGCGACCACUUGGAAGUUUGAAGAACUACCUUAAAAAACAUCGACAGAAACUGGGCGCAAGAGACCUAUUAUUAUAUUGCUACCAAAUUGCAUCGGCAAUGGAAUAUCUUUAUAAAAAUCGUUUAGUACACCGAGAUUUAGCUGCGCGAAAUGUAUUAGUGAAGCGAACCAAUCAUGUUGAAGUUACCGAUUUUGGACUUGCUAGAUUGUUGGAAAAAGGCAAAAGUGAAGUUGUCGUUGGCGGAAAGGUUGCUGUAAAAUGGUUAGCACUAGAAAGUCUUGAGAAACAAAUUUACACUCAUUACACUGAUGUUUGGGCUUUUGGUGUUACCUGCUGGGAAGUGCUAACAUUUGGACAAACACCGUUCCAAAGUGUACCGCCGGAUCGAAUACGUCAACAUUUGGCAACCGGAAACCGCUUGGAACAGCCAAAUAACUGUGCCCAAGAAGUGUAUCAAACAUUUUUGCAAUGUUGGCUACAGAAUCCGGAAUCGAGACCAAGUUUUGUUAUUCUUAAGGAGAAGUUCAAACAAUAUUGCAAAGCACCUCAUCUUUAUGUCUUGGUUCGUUUUACCAAAAGCAUUCAGGAUCGUUAUUAUAAACGACAAUUAGAAUCUGCAUUAAUUGAAAAUCAACAUGAGCUAUUAAACGGUUCAAUGGAUAGUAGCGAAUUUUCCGAUCAAUUUAAAUUUCCUGGCGACACCACAGUCACAUCCAAUUCAAUUCCACCGUCUCCAACUACACCUUCUUGGGUACCAUUUCAGCAGGGUUCUCUUAGCAUCCAACAGAAUGGACAGAUGGGAAGCACCGAUUCCGGACGUUAUCAAAGUGAUCCCGUACAUGACGGACGCACAGAAUUAAAUAUGGAUGAGGGGAAUUAUUUGAUACCAAAUAAUAAACAGUCGUUUUUGUACACGCCAGUUGUUGUUCGAGAGAAUGGAGAAACAGGAUAUUAUAACGACAAAAUUGGUACCGAUUAUUACAACCAACUGAAAUCUGUACCGAUGGAAAUUGAAGACGAGGCGAAAUCAAUUAAAAUAACAACGUAUCAAAAUGAUUAUUAUUUUGCUGAAAACGAGACAUCAUUGUGA